UCGGGGUGCAAAACUGUGGCUUAAACUAGGACCACCGUCGCGCAGUAGAUUUGAUAGCGCUUAUCAGUAGUAGCAUUUCGAUAUAGAACGGGUUACAUACCUGCCGAAUGUGUUUAGUAAUAGCAAUCACCUCGAAAAAGUCUCAUUGUGCUCUGAAAUGCAGGCCACCAAACAUUAUUCAUAGUCACACAUUUUAACCGGUCGUAAUUCGAUUCUGCACUUCGAAUCAGCGGUUUUUUCGCGGUAGGUCGUGAAAUUGCCUAAAUGCAAAAACAGUGAACCCGUGAGUGUUGUGAAGAGGCGUUCGAUUCGUUGGAUCACCCAAAAAAAAACCAAAGAAACGCUCCGCAGCUCAGCAAACCAUACCAAAGAGAACAUCAUGAGUGUGAAAGGGAAUGUAGCAUAUUCUCGGUUAAAUGCAAAUCGAACGCACCGGAAAUCAACAAUUCUGAGAAUAGUACUACCUCUAGUCACCUUAUCCUUCGUCCUGUUUUGCACCGUAGGAUAUUUUAGCUCCAAACGUACUCAUCACGUGUACAGUCCUCACCCCAAACAGUAUCCUGAUGCGAAGUCAUAUGUCAAUCAAUCCCAUUUGAUGGAAGAAUUGAGAUUUCUUCUCAAUUGUAAAUCCGUAGAUAGCAGCUAUCGGAUUGAACAACACGGCAGUUUUUGGGUGUUGAAAAAUUUUAUCACUCCUGUCCGAGCGCAACCGGUCCGGUGCUAUGAAACCAUAACCUACACAACCCACGGAGAUCACCGAUAUUUGGAGAACAUCAUUCCCCUGUUGGAGCGAUGGAGGGCUCCGAUCAGUGUCGCUAUGUAUGCACCAGGUAUAGAGUUCGAUAUCGUCGUUGCCAAGCUUCGAUUUCUCAUGUUUUGUCACCAGCGGUCGGAUCUGAUCGACGAGUACGCCACGAUACAUCUUUACUUUGACUUUGAUCAACUGCCAGCGAAUACGAUCGACUUCUACAGUGACGCCGUCCAAGAUCCCCUCGAUUGUUCAAGUAGUACUGAAACCCAACUGACCGAAGUCGAGUACAUCUCCAACCGUAGCUAUCCGGUGAACGUUGGUCGUAACAUCGCCCGAGAUGCAGCCCAAACCCAUUUCGUGUUGGCGAGCGAUAUCGAGCUCUACCCGAACCCGGACUUCGUCGAGAUGUUUCUCCGUAUGAUCGUCGAUCCGGACUAUCGCUACACGUUGGGCAUUCCCAGUGUCUAUGUGCUGCCAAUCUUCGAAGUAACUGAGAAUUCUUCCAUCCCAGAGGAUAAGAUCGAUCUGUUGAGGAUGAUGAAACACGGUCAGGCUGUUAAAUUUCACGAGAAGAUUUGUGAAAGGUGUCACACCGUGCCGAACUAUGCCGAGUGGCUGCAGGUAGUAAAAGCUGAUCAAACCAUGGACAUUCUGAGUAGUACCGAAAAGAAGGAUCCAUUCCAGCUGUGGGAACCAAUCUAUGUCGGUACGAAGCUGGAUCCUCCGUACGACGAGAGACUCUACUGGGAGGGAAAGUUCGAUAAAAUGACUCAGGUUCGUCGGUCGGUCUGGCAUCGAUGUCACUUGAAUUUAUUUGACUAUUUUAUUGUUCUGUUUUAUUUUUCUAUUACAGGGAUAUAG